AUGUCGCAGUUGGUGCAACAAUUUGAAAACGCCAAUCUGAGUAUUAAUGCGGAUGUUACUUAUAUAAAGCCAGCAAAGUUGCAUAAUGACAGCGUAUUUAUACUCUAUGAUGUUUACAACAAGGGCAGUCAUUUGGGUGGUAAACUAAACAUAACCAUCGAUCAGAGUGUAACUACUAUGCCCAUAAAUUCAAACGAGGACAAGCUUAUGAGCUUCUUGAAUAGCCAGGAGCAGCUGCAUAUGGAUUGGCUUUCCAGAAUGGGUUAUCGCUUGAAUCUGCUAAUGCAGGAAUGCUUAAACUUUAGAAUGCAGUACAUUUGGCGAGAUCAGUGGAGCUUGGGUGAUAUAACAGGUGGCGCCUUGGGCGAUUUGAUAAGCGAAGCUACAGAGCUAUCGAGCACACCAUUUGUCAUCUCAGCUGGACGCAUUUCGCAUUUAUUUCCCAUCAUGGAGCUGAGUCAGUUUCGCUCUGUUUGCAUAUUUCGUACGCCUCAUAAUGCGGGCAUUGAAGCUGGCGUCUUUCUGGAGCCCUUUAAGCUAAGUGUUUGGCUGACUUUUGCCGGCAUCCUUGUGUGCUCUGGUGUGCUGCUUUGGUGUACGUUUCGCGUGGAAUGUCGUUGGACACAGUACUAUUUGGACUAUCAGCCAUCUGUGUUGACCAGUUGCUUGAUAAGCUUCGGCGCUGCUUGCAUACAAGGCUCACAUCUGGUGCCAAAUUCAACGGGCGGACGCUUGGGCUUUGUGGCAGUUAUGCUUAUAUCGUUUCUCAUGUACAACUAUUAUACAUCAAUUGUUGUAUCGAGUCUGUUGAACUCACCAGUGCGUUCAAAUAUUAAAAGCAUACAGCAGCUGGCGGACAGUUCUUUGGAUGUGGGACUGGAGGACAUACCUUUCAAUAGAGUUUAUUUGAAAACUGCAGGUCGGGAGGAUGUUUACAAUCUGCGACGUCGCAAGGUGGAGCAGCAUGAUCCAAUGCGCAUCUGGUUCUCAGCUGAAGAGGGUAUGCUCAAAGUGCGUGAUAAGCAGGGCUAUGUAUUCAUCUCCGAGGGCACCAUAGCUUAUACUUUUGUGGACAAGUACUUCAUGCCGCAUGAAAUAUGCGAACUCAAUGAAAUACCAUUUCGUCCUGAGAGCUCUGUCUAUGCUCUUAUACACAUAAACUCUACCUACAAGGAAUUAUUAAAACAAACUCAGUUGCGCAUGCUGGAAACGGGAAUAUUGAAAAAGUUUCGACGACUCUAUAGCAAAAGCAAAUCGCCUUGUUAUUCUAAUAAUUAUGUCAUCAGCGUGGGCAUGGAAUAUGCUGCGCCUUUGUUUAUAGCAUUAUUAAUAUCCUUCUUUGCAUCACUGCUAGUGCUCAUAAUCGAGCUGAGCUGGUCUCCUCUGCAGGAACUUGCACAUUUAGUUAAUAAGCAAAAUCUUUACAUUCAAUAUAUAAAUCUCAAUGCUGAGCACUUGGAAGAGCACUUGAUUAAUGCCAAGCUAGAUAAAUUAGCUGUCUUCUUGGAUCUAAAUUGUAAUAAAAGUGACGAGUUAUUGCAUUUGGCAAAUAUGCAGCAGCUAUAUAAUGAUCACUAUCACUGGCUUAUAUACGAUCGUUAUCUUAAUGCUACACAACUUAGAGAACGCUUUGCAGAUGCGUCGCUUCAAUUAAACACAGAGCUGACUUAUGUCAAACCCAAUUUAAACCAAAGCAGCUUUAUGCUCUAUGAUCUGUAUAACAAGGCCAAGCACUUGGGCGCCAAGCUCAAUAUAACAAUUGAUCAGCAAAUUGAAUGCAACGACCAGCAAUGUCAAGUCAAACGCUAUUUGAGUGAAUUACACAAGACCACGCGAUUACAACAGCGUAAACUUCUCACGGGCUUGACGUUGAAACUGAGCGCAGUGAUUAAUGCCUUACCUAUGGAUGCACCAGAGCAUGAUAUUAAGGAGUUUCUUGGCAGCAUAGACAACAUACAUUUGGACACUUACGGCAGAUUCGGCUACCAAACGCGGCAAGAAUUAAUGACAAUGCUUGAUUGCAACUUUUCCUACAUCUUUCGCGAUCGCUGGACAAGCUCUGAGCUUACGGGUGGGCUCAUCGCUGACCUGCUCAAUGGCACCGUUGACGUAGCUGGCUCCGCUUUUCUCUAUACCAGUGGUCGUGCCAAGUACUUCAAGCCUUUAACCUGGUACUGCUCCUUUCGCUCUGUCUGCAUGUUUCGUAAUCCUCAUUCCGCCGGCGCUGAGCUGCGUGCUACGGAAUUUCUGCAGCCUUUUAGCUGGACUGUUUGGUUUAUGUUUGCUGCCGUGCUGCUGCUCAGCGGCUGCUUGCUUUGGCUUACCUUUCGCUUGGAACGCAAGAAGCUCAGCAGCAGUGGUGACAUGAAGGCCUCGCUGCUGACCAGCUGCCUGAUCUCCUUUGGGGCUGCCUGCAUACAGGGUGCCUGGCUAUUGCCACGCUCCACAGGCGGUCGCAUGGUAUUCUACGCUUUGAUGUUGACCUGCUUCCUGAUGUACAAUUAUUAUACAUCGGUGGUGGUAUCGACGCUCCUGGGCACACCGCCCAAAUCGAAUAUUAAAAGUAUACAACAGUUGGCGGAUAGCAACUUAGAGGUGUCAGUGGAGCCCACGCCCUAUACAAAGAUAUAUGUAGAGACUUCCGACAUGCCAGAUGUGCGAAGUUUAUAUCUCAACAAGAUCGUGAAUAGCAAACGCGAUCCCAAGCGCAUGUGGCUGCCCACAGAGAAGGGUGUGAUAUUGGUGCGUAAUGUGCCCGGAUUUGUGUAUAUAGCGGAGGCAGCGACUGCUUAUGUAUUUGUGAGAAAACAUUACUUGCCACAUGAGAUAUGCGAGCUGAAUGAGAUUCUGCUGCGGGAAGAGACAAGUGCCCAGACGCUGGUGCUGAAGACGUCCAGCUUUGCAGAGCUGUUCAAGCUGAAUGAGCUACGCCUGCUGGAAACUGGUGUACACUUCAAGCAUUAUCGCUACUGGGUGCGCACCAAGCUGCAUUGUUAUCAAAGCAAUGUGGUGGCAGCAGUGGGCAUGGACUCGGCGGGUCCUUUAUUCCUGCUGCUCUUCUGCGCCUACAUGGGCUGUCUGCUUGUGUUGGGCUUGGAGUUACUAUGGCACAGGCGUAAGCAGGCUCAUCAUUGAGCUCUGCAAUUUGCCCAUCAUAUUAAUAACCCACAUCAUCCACAUCAGCCCCUCGUCUACCAUCAGUUUGUUUUCUUGAGCAA